UGACUUAACCUGAGCGACACAUCUUUGCCUAAUCUGAGGGGCAAGUGCGCAACUUUUAUGCAAAAUUAUUUGCAUACAAAUAUGUAUAUCAAAUCACGGGGAUGUAUGUGUAGACAACUCUAACGUUCAUUUUCCGCUGAUCGCAAUACAACAGGCUUCUUAGGAUUUAUUUAGAUCCGGUUCAGGUUUUUCGACGCCGAUUUCUCGGAAACAUGGUGCCGUUGUACGAUUCGACGAUCUGUCGAUUAUGCGCGGGUGACAAUGGUAACGAACACUUAUUCGUUAGGGAGGAAGGCGGGUCGGAUCUGUGCUCGCUCGUGAAUCGGUAUCUACCACUCAAGGUACAAGAUGAUGGUAAAUUACCAAAAACAAUUUGUCCAGGUUGCAAUAUUCAACUCGAAGCAACAGUAGAGUUCUUCGACCUGGUGGUGACUGGUCAGCACAAAUUACGUACUCUGUUUAAAUAUCAAAAUGAACAGCAGCGCAAAGCAGAACGCCUGCGCAAUAAAUCCGAAAAUGCAGAACUUGCAAGAGAAGACGCCAAUAAUGACUCACUUCAGCAGAAUGAGGAAUUUGAGCAGCAAAUUAUUGUUCAAAUAUUGCCAGAUGGAUCUAUGUAUGCAGCGGAGCAUGAAAUGUCUCUGCAAAUGGAAGGCCUGACCAAACCAAGGAGAAAACGUGGACGUCCACCGAAAGCGCUCGCGGAAGCGGAAUCUUUGGUAACGAAAGAAAACGCCACAGAGACUGCAAGUCAGGGCGAGGAGGAUAAGCAGGAAGAAGAAAUCGACGAAGUGGACGGUGAUGGCAGGCGUAGAAGGAAACGCAAAGUUCCUAAGAGAUUCUCAGAAGCGGUGCAGGGAAAGGAAUUGGAAAGGAUAUUCAAGGAGGAAGGUGUGAUCGGCGAGGAAGAUUAUGACGACUCUGAUAUGUUGGACGACUCGGAGGAUCUCUUGAAUAUUUCCGCUCAAGAUGAAGUGAUCGGUCAUCUCGAAACGGAGGAAGGUAAGGACUUGGGCGAGGUAGUGAUCUCGCAUCGCGGAAAAGCCCGAUCGAGAUCGAAGUCCCAUCGUCGCAAACCUAGAUUCAUAUGCCACGUCUGCGGCAGAGGUUUUCUACAACGCAGCAAAUACAUAAUACACAAGAAAGUCUUUCACAAAGACUUCGUAGACGCUAAAGAUAAUCCGGAGACUCAGAGUACGACUCAGCAGAGUUCGAAUCUCGCCGAAGGUAAUGUCGCCGAGUCGCAGGAGCCGUCCGGAACUGUGGAAACGCAGAACGUCGUGGAACAGGAUGCUUCCGCCGCGGUUACGGAUGAUGCGACGAAGAAUCUUGGCGACGCGAUUUAUCGAUGCGACAGAUGCGAGAAGCAGUUCGAGUCGAAACAGGAAUGCGAAGUGCAUCAAAGGAUGGAACACGAUCAGCAGAAGUUGUACACGUGCAACGUUUGCGACAAGACCUUUGUGAAUCAGUCAAAUCUGAAGAUACACAUGGGAUCGCACGAGAAAACUAAACCGGUCUAUUCCUGCGACGUGUGCGACAAAGUUCUGAAUCAUCCCAGCUCCAUCGUGUAUCACAAGGAAGCGGAACACAACGACGGACGACGUUUCGUGUGCAACAAGUGCAACAAGGGCUUCAAGCACAGACAAUUGCUCCAACGGCAUCAGCUGGUGCACUCGAACGACCGUCCGCACACUUGCAAGUCCUGCAACGCCUGUUUCAAAACGAAGGCGAAUCUGAUCAAUCAUCAGGCCACUCACACAGGUCAGAAGAAGCACUUUUGCGAGAUUUGCAGUCAACAGUUCGCCCACAAGACCAGUCUCACAUUGCACUACAGGUGGCAUAACGGUCAAAAACCGUACGAGUGUAAGGUGUGCCACAAGAGCUUUUCGCAGAACGGCAACCUGCAGGAACACAUGCGCAUUCAUACCGGCGAGAAGCCGUAUUGCUGCGAUUAUUGCGGUCGCAAGUUCACCACGUCGUCGCAGUUCAAGCUCCACGUGAAACGGCACACCGGCGAACGACCGUGGAAGUGCGAAUUCUGCGUGAAGACCUUCCUGCACAAGGACACGUGGAAGUGCCACGUGCGCCGGCACAAAGGGGAACGUCCGUUCCAGUGUACUGAGUGCAAUCGCGGUUUCACGGAGCAAUGGGCGCUCAGAAAACACGUUCGUUCUCACACCGGUGAAAAACCGUACUCCUGCAAAAUAUGCGGUAAAGCUUUCGCCGAUUGUUCAAACUUGGCAAAGCACAAAAAGGUGCAUAAGGCGAAGGAGGUGGACGCGUCGGAGAAUUCCCAGAUCGGCGAGGUAUGGCAGAUCAUGCCGAACUCGCAGGAGAACGACGAACAAGCGCUCGAUGGUCAAAUGACACAGGUGAUCGCCACCGAUGAAACAUCCACCGACGGCGUCCAACAAAUAAUUUACGUAGCCUAUCGGGAUCCCGACGAGACCAAUCCUUCGCGAACGUUGCAUUUCGUCGAUGCCAGCAUGAUAAAAAAUAAAAGCGAGGAGACACCGAGCGCGAUUUCACUGCCACAGUUGACCGAGACCGAGGAAGAUCUUCCCGACGGCUCAAAAGUUGUGAACAACGCGACCAGCAACGACAACGAGCAGCAGUCGGAGGUCGAACCGAAUUUACAUUUGCAGAUCACCCACGACGAUGACGGAAAUCCAAUUUCGCUGUCGGUACAGGAGACUCGGCAACUCGUCUCCCAAGGACACCUGAUCAGCCAGCUGAGCGACGGCCAAUUCGUUCGGGUUCAUCCCGGAAUGUUCACUCAGUUUCAGGCCUUGAACAUCCACAUCGACGAGGACGACGUCGCAGCGGAAAGCGGCACAGCGGCGCGCGAACCAAACGCGGUUAAGGAAAUUGAAGGGAUGUCGACGAUUCAAGCCGACGCGGAAGCGAUUGUUCAGGCACUUGAGGACGAGAACACCGAUGCGACGAUGGUGGCCACGAUCAAUCAACUGCAAAGUGGCGAACAACCUGGAAUCGCGGACGGUCAGCACUCGUCGAUUGAGUUUCUGACCGCGGACGGGCAGAAGAUCCGCGUUCUAUCGUCGUAUCCGAUCGAUCCGAUGCAGCUCACAUCAGAGUACCUGACUAUUAUGUAAAAAAGAAAAAAAAACAAACAAACACGCGAGGAAACGCGCGUGUGCACAUUCGUGCGCUCUUUUGUGAAAAAAGAGCGUGCGCGCAUUUUUAAUUACGACUUGGGCGAUUCAAGUAGACUAUGUAGCAAUAAUGCAAAAAAACGCGCAAACUGAUUUUUAGUGAAUUUUUUUGUGUGAACUUUAAUAC